UGCUAUCUAGAACAUUCGGUCUUCCCCGUCUUCUUAAAAGCCCUAGAAUUCCUCAGACUCAGCCCCAGAGAGCGAGAGAGAGAAGAAAUGAUGAAGCGUCUGAUCCCAACGUUCAACCGCAUCCUGGUGCAGAGAGUCAUCCAGCCUGCUAAAACCGAGAGCGGCAUCCUCCUCCCUGAGAAAGCCUCCAAGCUGAACUCGGGCAAGGUGAUAGCAGUUGGACCUGGAUCAAGGGAUAAGGACGGGAAAUUGAUUCCGGUCUCUGUCAAGGAAGGUGACACUGUUCUUCUUCCAGAGUACGGCGGGACUCAGGUCAAGCUCGGCGAGAAGGAGUACCAUCUCUUCCGUGAUGAGGACGUCUUGGGGACGUUGCACGAAGAUUGAGAAGGCUAAGUAGCUACGAGUGGCGGUCUUGUUGGCGUUUUAUGUUAUGGGAAGAGAACAAGCAACUUAUUUUAUUAAGUUUAUCUUUGAAUGUGGUUGGACAUGUCAUUGAAAUUUUACCUUAAAUGGACUAUCUUAAUCCCUUAUGAGUCGUUCUUGUUUUUCCAAAUGGUCAUCAAUCUUAAGAGAAGUUAACUUGACUGUUGCAUC